UGCACCAGUGGGCUUGAGUGAGUGCGGUGAAAUGCCAUGACAAGACCGAUUAGUGCUACACAGGAGAGUAGACAGUAGGGUUUGUUUUUAAAGAAAAAAAGCCUCAUUUAUUAGGAUCUCUGCAUUAGGUAGCACACACAGGGAGGAUCAAAUUUCCAGAACAGGAGGGCUGGUUACUGUACAGUUGCAAAGGUCCUUGUAGCAGCAUCUCCAGCUGGAGCAGGUGAGACUCCCCAGGCUUAUACCUACCUAGUCCUGCACAAUCACCUGCCUGAUCUGUUGUUAUUAGUUAUCUUAAAAUACUUACAAAACAUCUCCUAACUAUCUUAUAUGUAUCUUCUGCUAUUACAAAUUGUCUGUGCAUGGUUUGGUCAAUGAUGUAGCAGGAACCACCUGGGGAGGCCAUGGGAUACCCAGGUCCUCCCCAUCAGCCCAUGGAGACAUGCAGGUGGUGCUCCUCCAUUGACUUUAGACAGAGCAGGAGCUCCUGGGCGUUCUUCAGGCCUGUCAUGAAGCUCCUGUAUCCAUCAGUCAGAGUUUUCUUUGAAGUUCAGUGUAUCACCUCCAUGCUGCUUGGUCUGCAACUUAAAUACUAGAGUUGUUGUUAGAGCAGACCCUCAGGAAGGUGUUCCUCUGGGCAGUUCUGAAGGCUUCCAAGAAGUCCUUGGGGGUCAAGGGACACUCAUCUGUCCUGGCUGCUUCACCCCUGGCUUUGGGGUUGCACAAAUUAUGUUCAACAAACUGUGCUGGACAGGGUCAAAGAGUUAACCCUUGCCUGCCUGACCUCAGGUGAGGGCAGGGACAGAGCAUGGUGUCCCAGAGGGAGAGCAGCAGUGGGAGAGGGCAUCUUAGUGGAGGAAGCAUGGUAGGACAGGCUCAGAAAACCAAGCAGCUUAGGUUUGGUGAAGCAGGGAAGGUACAAAGAACAGCUCUCCAUACAUCCAGCCCAGGGUUUUCCCUGCCUGGGUAGGACACUCAGCUCUCUCUGUGUCAUUCCUUGGCUGCCAAGAAAGCUGGAUUGCGGGUAUGGACCACAGCCAAGAGACUCGAGUGCAGGCAGAAAACGCCCUAGAGCCUCGGGCUGCUGCAAGCCCUCGCGGGAAAAUGCGAGAUAACCCAAUAGCAAAAGGUACGUGAAGAGUCAGGGCGAGAGCACAGCAGUGGCAAACAGAGGGGCAUGGCAGACCUUCACGUCCGCUCCGUUCUGGUGACUGGGGCCAACCGGGGAAUCGGCCUGGGGUUUGUCCGGCAGUUCCUGCAGAUGCCAAAGCCACCUGAGUGGGUCUUUGCAGCUUGUCGGGACCCCAAGGGACAGCGAGCACAGGAGUUACAGAACCUGGCCUCCAGGCACCCCAACCUGGUGAUCACCCAACUCGAUGUCGCUGACCCCAGCAGCAUCAAGGCAGCUGCAGCCAGAGUGGAGGAACAGCUGGAGGGCUCAGGGCUGAACCUCCUCAUCAACAAUGCUGCGAUUGCCAAGAUGACCACGCUUGAUGGCGAGACGCUGGAGGACAUGAUCCAGGUUUACACCACCAACACAGCUGGGCCGCUGCUGCUGGGCCAGGCGUUCCUGCCCUUGCUGAAGAAGGCUGCCCAGGGGAGCCCGGGCUCAGCGCUGAGUUGCAGCAAGGCUGCCAUCAUCAACAUAUCCAGCUCUGCAGGCUCCAUUGCUUCUCCUUUAGGUUGGGAUAAGAUGCAAGUUGUCUCCUAUCGCUGCAGCAAGGCUGCUCUGAACAUGCUGACCAAGUGCCAGUCCCUGGGGUACCGGGAACACGGCAUCCUCUGCGUCGCUCUCAACCCUGGCUGGGUACAAACGGAGAUGGGGAGCUCAAGUGGAGACAUGGCUCUGAGUCUGAACCUCCACAGCUGCUGCAGCCAGGCUGUGGGGACAACCACCCUCCAGCAACAACCACAACAACCGCCCUCCAGCAACAACCGCCAUCCAGCAACAGCCGACCUCCCUGGAAUGGUGCUAACAGGGGUGAGCACUUCCAGUGCCUUUUUCAUCAUUUAAAUAUUGUUAUCUCUUUGAAAAUCUGCUAUGCUUUAAUUGAAGGAUUUUUUGGCUAAAGCAAUGCAAGUGGUAUAUUUUGUGCUCAGCUUUUGGAUUUGCUUGUUAGGAUGUGCAUCCCCUACCAGCUGCUCACCCAACUGAAGUGGUUGUUGUUUAUUUAAAAGAAGUCACCUGAACACCUUCAGGAACUGAAAUGGGCCAGUUAGGCCAACGUUAAACUUUGUAUAUUGCUUUUUAAUAACCCAGCUACACUCCUGAGCCCUUAAGAACCAUGAAUAUUCACGUGUAUGGGCAUGCUGGCGUGUGCCUUUUCCCCCCCCAAGCACAUUUCUGCACACAUUUCUUACAGGGAUUAAUCUGAUGAGCUUGCUGGACAGGGAUGGAUCACAGAGCUGGAUUUCUUUUUUGCAACACGUUGGCCUGAGUUGUUUUUCUGUUCUCAUCCUUAGGCAAGACUGACUUAGCAAAGGUUUGCAAGGCUGAGGACUCCCUUCUUGCAGUGUUGUUUACGCUGUGGAGCAGCAGAAAAACCCAUUUUCCUGGCAUUUUUAACUAUCACAAUGCCUUUAUGGUGGUAAGCAAGUAUUUGGGUAGCCUGGGGCUUGCACCACCUUGCUCUGUGCAGCAUGGGACAUCACAGAGGUGUCACAAAAACAUUUUGGGGGAAUUUAAUGAGAGAAUCUGCUGUGGAGCUGCCGUACGUGAGGGGAUGGAGCUUUGGGAUUUGAGAGCUGCAGGACAUAUCACGGGAGGCUGUUCAGUGACUUCUCUGUGGAUCGAUCAAAAGGAGUUCGAAGCUCCAUCGCUCACCACAUGUGAGGGAUCUUUCAGUUGCAUUGUUGAAUGGUUAAUUGCUCUGGUUGGACUGAUUGCUCCAAGAAGCCUGGAGCAGCUUCUCCUUUUAAAAAAUGCUUUGUUAUUGUUGGAUUAUCCAAAGCUUUUUAGCUUAUUUUAGGGCUUUAUUUAUAGCCUGUUUUUUGGGGUGUAUGUGUUUUAGUAAAGAUUGUUUAUUCAGUGGUCAGUCCCUUGAGAUGUCCUUUUUAUUUUAGCCAUGCUUUGGUGAGCAAAGUGAGCACUGUCUUCUCAUCACGUGCUGCUGUUUGGGGCUCACAAGUAAUUUUAAAGAUGCUACUUUUUAUGACAGAGAAGGUGUUCUAAUUUAAUAAUCUAUUUAACAGUAAGAGAGAGAUUUUCUGCCUCCUGUUAGUAAAGGCUGACUUCAGGAAUGCCUUCUUUGCUGAUAAAUGCUAAAAAUUUACUUGAACAUUUUAGUUUAUUUUAAUAAAUAAAUAGGUAGAAACCAAA